GAACGAUAUCCGAAAAUGUUCACGAAGGCAGUAAUCUGUGCUCUCCUUGCGAUGGCGGCUGCGGCGCCGCAGGGCUACAGUGUGCCCACUCCCGCACCCACCUACGGCGGCGGCCCCGUCGUCCCCAUCCUCGUGGACAACCGCGAAGGACCUGAUCAGUUCGGCAACUACAACUUCAACUUCGAGACUGGCGACGGCAUCAACCGCCAGGAGCAGGGCGCUCCCCAGGGCGAGCUCGGCGCCGUGGCCUCGCAGGGCGGAUGGAGCUUCACCUUCCCCGAUGGCACUCCCGCAGUAUUCAGCUUCGUCGCCGACGGCGCUGGCUACCAGCCCCAGUCCGAUCUGCUGCCCCAGCCCCACCCCCUCCCCCCCCACGCGAUUGCGCAGAUCGAAAAGGCCCGCCUGGAGGACGCCGCAGCCGCUUCAGGAGCGCGCCCCCAGUACAGCGCCCCUCCUCCCCCUAGCACCGGCUACUCCUUCCGCCGCUAACGACGCCGCCCCGCCGCCCGCACGCGACGCUUCUCACCCGGCGAUUCCGGCGGCGCCUCCGUCCCCCGGCGGCGCCUUCACAGCCCUCCCCCGCGUCCCUCGCUUACCGUUUCACCUUCCC